GCAGAUGUGGAGCGUCACAUAGAGAGCGAGUCACACCAGAGGAAGGUCAAGGCAGUGGAGCAAUCGCAGCAAAUUACCAAAUUUACAGUGAACACAGCUCCAAAGGUGGAUAAACAUGACACAACUUGAGGCGAAGGCACGACGAGCUGAGAUCAAAGUUGCUGUGACGAUGGUAAAUCACAAUGUCCCCCUUGCAGUUGCUGACCACUUCAGCCCACUGAUGAAAGAGUGUUUUAAGGAUUCAGAUGUGGCACAGAGAUAUGGUGCUGCAAGGACCAAGACUACUUGUAUUAUCAACAGGGCGAUAGCACCAUACCUUCAUGAUGAGCUGGUCAAAAAGAUGAGAAACAGGCCAUACACCUUGUCAACUGAUGGAUCAAAUGAUACAGGAAGGGAAAAGAUGAACCCAUUGACUGUGAAGCUGUUUGAUGUAGACAGGGUGGAACACAUGUUCCUAGAUAUGUGCAUCACAACUGGCACUAAUGCUGCCACAGCAGAGACCAUUUUUGAAAAAAUGGACAGUGUCCUCAAGAAGGAUAACAUCCCAUGGCAAAACUGUGUAGGUCUGUCAGUGGACAAUGCCAAUGUGAACAUGUGUGUCUGUAACUCUAUCAAAUCAAGGAUAUUAAGCAUAAAUCCGACUGUUUAUGUCCAUGGUUGUCCUUGCCACAUAGUUCACAACAAUGCCAGUGCUGCUGGGACUCAUUAUAUUGAGUUGUCAGACUUUGAUGUGGAGGAUGUGGUUGUAGAUAUUGGAUACUGGUUCAAAGCAAGCACAAAGAGAAAAUGUAGACUGGAUGAAUUCUGUGUGUUUUGUGAUACUGAGUACAUGGCUGUCAUAGACCAUGUUUCCACACGGUGGCUGAGUCUGGAGACGGCAGUAGUCCGCAUUCUACAGCUGUAUCGAGCACUUGUCAGCUACUUCAAGUCUAACAUUGAGAAACAAGCCCGCUUUAAGAGGCUUAGGAAGCAUUUUGAGGAUCCAAUGACAGAGGUACACCUCUUAUUCUACCAGGCCACACUGCCUGUCUUCACAGAGUUUAAUUUACUCUUUCAGCGCCAAGAGCCAUCUGUGUAUCUUCUCCAUGGACAGAUGAGGUCUUAUGUUAAGAAACUCAUGUCCAAGUUUGUUACCACAACUGCAAUAAAAAAUGCUGAUGUGUGUGAAGUUGAGUAUAAAGACAAACAGAACCAGGUGGCAGAUCACAAGCUUAAUGUUGGCUGGACAACAAGAACAACCCUCAACCGUCUGCAUGAAGCUGGUGAGAUCAGUCAGUACCAGGUAGACAACUUCCACAAGGCUGUGAGGGCAUUCUUUGUUGCAGCUGUUGACUAUGCCUUUAAGAAGCUGCCCUUCAAGGAGCCAGUCCUUGAACAUUCACAAUUCAUUGACUUUCAACAGAAGAUGGACUGUGAUGUGAAUGAUGCCCUAUACUUUGUGUACAGGUUUAGUCAUCUGCUUCCAUAUGGAGAUCCCAAAGAACAGGACAAGUUGAGUGAGGAGUUCCUGGACUAUCAACUUAUGGAGGAAAAGGACAUUCCCAGAAGCAUUUGGGAGCAGGCGGUGAGCAGAGUCAGUGAGCAGGAGGUGUACCACAGGAUGGAUAAAGUGUGGGCACACAUGGCCACAAUCAAGAGUCCAGUAACAGGAAUGCCUAAGCUACCCAUGCUGAGCAAGGUGGCACAACUAAUUCUAACCCUGCCACACUCUAAUGCUGAUGCAGAAAGAGUUUUUUCAAUGAUUGGACUAAACAAGACUGACACACGGAAUGCUCUGGCCUUGGAAGGCACACUGUCUUCUAUAAUGACAAUAAAGAUGUCCGGUAUGGAGCCCAACUGCUUCAAGUAUGAGCCCCCAGCAGAAGUAAUCAAGGCCUCCAAGUCAGCUGCUUCCAGUUACAACCGUGAACAUGCAGCAGCUUCAAAUGCUGGCUCAGAAUGCACCUAAGGUAAUGAUUUUCCAUCUUUUAAAAAAAAAUGUCUAUUUGUUUUGCAACUAAGUCACUCACAGCACUUCACCGCGCGCUAAAAUUGUACUUGUUCAAAAGUCUCACUCAAACAGUUUCC